AUAACUUCUUUUUGAAUUUUUAAAAAUAGAAGAAAAAUUCGACUUAUUUCGUUUACAAAAGUUUCUUAAUUUUAAUAUUCAAAUAUUUAAAUUUGGAACAUUACUUCGGAACGUGUAUAUUCAAAUUUCGAAUUGUUUUCAUCAGACUGUGUAUUCGAACUAAAAAGUGAAUUUUGAAGUGAACAGUGAUUUCUUCAAUGGUUGUUUCUGUGUUGGACAGUCAAAAUAGGUGGCUUAGGAACUUCUGGUCCAUACAAUGUUGGCCGAUGGACCAAUAACAGUUCCUUGUGCAGUGGAGUCAAUGUAAACUGGACGUUAUGUUUCUACUAUAUGAAGCGUAUACUAACUAUCCUCAUGCCUUAUUAUGAUGAUAUGAGAGUGCAAGCCGGCAUGAACCUGACCUUAAAUGCGUCGGCGAAAUGGCUCAUAGAGGCAUCACAAGGCAUACAGAACCCAAAUAUACUUCUGGAGAAGUUCUCACAGAACCGAAAGGUGGAUGAUCCUACAAGAGCGCUACUCCUAACGUUUUAUGGUAUCCUGGUAGUCAUCGGAGCAGUUGGAAAUGUACUGGUCGUUAUUUCUGUAGUCCGCAAACCGGUGAUGAGGACGGCCAGAAACAUGUUCAUAGUCAACUUAGCAGUGUCUGAUGCCCUGGUAUGCUGCGUGGGCACCCCAUUGACGCUGAUGGAGCUGCUUACCAAGCACUGGCCGCUACCCGACUGGCCAAGUCUCUGCAAGGCUUGCGGAGCCAUCCAGGCUAUUUCCAUCUUUGUCUCCACUAUAUCCAUCACUGCUAUUGCGCUGGAUCGGUAUCAGCUGAUCGUGUACCCUACGCGGCCUGGAGUCCAAACUAUGGGCGCCCUCAUCACCAUGUUCUUCAUUUGGCUGACUGCCUUCACCCUCGCCUCUCCUCUCUACCUCUGCAGAAGCCUCAAGACCCACCAGCUAGGCCUAGAAGGAAUGGAGUCCUUAAGCUUCUGCAUCGAAGACUGGCCUAUAGAAAACGGCCGUGCUAUAUAUUCUAUUCUUAGCUUAAUCUUCCAAUACUUGUUACCAGUUUUAGUAGUAGUGGUCGCGCACAUACAGAUCCAUAGAAGACUAAGAGGCAGGAGAAGGACAACUAGAAAGACUCCAGCUAUUCUCAUAGCAAUAGCUGUGACCUACGUAAUAAGCUGGUUGCCAUUGAAUGUGUUCAAUCUAGCCGCAGAUACGAGUGCUGAGCCGUUGUUUGAUGAAGAUUCGAUGACAAUAACGUAUGCUAUAUGCCACAUGUUCGGAAUGUCCAGUGCUGUGUCAAACCCUCUUCUGUAUGGGUGGUUGAAUGAUAAUUUCCGGAAGGAGUUCGAAGAAAUCCUCUGCUGCUGCAAGAAAGGGCAGUUGAAGAAGAAUACGAGGACUAAGAGUAGGAAGAUGGAGACAGAAUUGACUGCUUUGGCGCAAUUGGAGCACACAGUGUCAGCGAACACUAAAACCUCCCAUUGCUCCCAAAUUUUCUGACUAAAGACUUGCUUCAAAUAGCAUGAAACACACAGUGUAGAAAUGCAAAAUAUAUGAACUUCGUCAAUUUGAAGUGAGUUUUAAAUGUAAGGUGUUAAAGUUCCUUUCUUGAGGUUUUGUUUCGUUUCAUUUACGCGUUCUUGAAGAAUUUUGCGGUGCGUCGUCAAAUUUUAAAAAUGUUUUAAGAUUCUUUUCGAUUGUUAUGCAAGUGAGUUUACGGUGUCAUUGUGUAGAUGACAAACGCCUUGUAAGCACUUUAAACAAAAGAGCCUUCACUUUUUGUUUGACCAUGACUGCUUCAAUCAAAAUAACGAACUGAAAAGUAAAUACGUUUUACCUUCAUGGCACGAAAAAUGUUCUUGUAAAGUUAAUAAAAUGUACUUAUAUAAUUUGUAAAUAUUACUUAUAAAAUAUAGUUAAAAUGUUGUAGAUAGUUAAUUCAAAAUAUUGUUCUUUACGUUUUUUUGAGCCCAAAACGUAAAGUUCUAAUAUUUUCUCAAGUUCGACGUAGAUAAGAUAAUGGACAUUUUGUAAUUAAAAUAAUUGUCUCAAAAUAAAGAUUUAUUGAGUUCUUUCUUGUAGUUUCAUUAUAUUAUCAUUAUAAUUAUACUACUUAUUAAACA